AUGGCGAGCAAAGUUAUGGACCUGAUCUAUUGGAAGGACACAGAACGAACAGGAAUGGUGCUGACGGGUUUAGUGGUGGGCCUGCUGUGCCUCUUCCAGCUCAGCAUCAUCACCGUGAUCUCCACAGUGUCUCUCGCCAUAGUGUGCUUCACAAUCUCAGUGCGCAUCUACUACAACAUCCUUCACAGCCUCAAAUGGGGCGAUGGAGAGCACCCCUUCCAGUCCUACCUGGACAUGGACAUCAGUUUUAGUGGGGAGCAGGCUGAGCUGCAAAUUCAGAAAAUGAUCAUCAUGACUUUGUGUGCUGUGGACAGCCUGAAAAGACUCUUCUUCGUCAGCAACCUCUUUGAGUCCCUCAAGUUGCUCUUCCUGAUUUAUCUGGUGACGUACCUCGGUGAUCUGUGCAAUGGCCUCACGCUCCUCAUCAUAGGUGUGAUUGCGCUCUUUUCAGUGCCGCUUUUUUACCGACGGCGUCAGGAACAGGUGGACAGUUUCAUUGCAAAAAUCCAGGCUCUCAUUGACAACGUCAAGGACUUCUUCCGACGAUUGGCCCACGGUGGCAGCCCCCCGCCCGACCCAACCCCAGGUGGUGCCAAACCAAAAAUUCAAUAA